AUGUCAACCAGUCAGUCAGUUUUGAAGGACCAGCAACAAUCACUUGUGGAAAUUGAAAUUUUGAAAAAAAAUGUUAGAGAUCUGGAAGGUCAGAGUACUCAAAAGGAAACCCUAUUAAAGGAAAAUGAUGUUAAAGGAAGCUUUGAAGGUUCCCUGUCAUCUGAGAAAGCUAAGAUAACUACCUCAUCAAUUGAUUCAAAAUUAGCAAGCUUGCUGCCAGGAACCUUAGUUACUUCCUCAACAAACACAAUUCCACAUAUUCAAAGUCAAAUCGAGUUCAACCCAAGGAAGUCAGAUGUUGAAAAAGAUGGGAAGGUGAUUCCUGUGAUAAAUCCUCAAGACUUGAAAGCUGAUGAUCUCAUCAAUAUGCUUCAAUCUAUGGAGGAUGAUUAUGGUGGUAGAUCACCAAUAUCGUCUGCUUCUGCUGUUGCUGCCCCUGAAGAUGAGCUUGUUGCAAAGGCCCUUGCUGACUUGGAAGACUGCUUGAAGAUGUCUCUUAAGGACAUAGCAACCUCAGAAGCCAAUAGUCUUCGUCUACAAACAGCUCUCAACUUCUUGUCGCGCCUCUCCUUGGAAGAUGGAGCUAUAUCCCGUGGAGUUAUGGCUAUGAUAAAAUCUAUGCAUAAAGAUUUUCCUAUCAUUUUGUCUUCUUUCAAGCAAGCAUUUGCCAUUGUCAAUAAAUUUGCAGACCUUGAAGAAAGAGAUAUGAGGAUCAAGGAGGAGCUAACUCAACGAAAGGAGGCUGCUAUUGCUCUUCUUUCCAAAAUGUCCAAGACCCAGAGGUUUAUGGAUGAAGCUGAAGAGAAGGAAGCUAGGCUGAAGGAGCAGAUCUCUAUGUUGGAGAAACAGAGAAAAGAUUGUGAGGCUGAAAUGUUGUCUCUUCAAGAGCAAAAGAGGAAGUAUAUUGCAGAAACAGAAGAGUUCAAGAAGGAGGCUGAGACUGUGAGAAAAGAGAAGUCUGAGAUGGUGGAAGAUCAAAGAAAUGCUCGGCAACAAUUGUUUGAGGCUGAUCAUAAAUGGUCAGUCUUAGGCAGCCAGUUUGAGCAGAAAAUUGCUAGCAGAAACCUCUCUUAA